GCGCUUUUGCAAGGAAGGACUUUUUGCAAGGACUCUUCCAGCUGGUGCUGGGGACGGAGAGCCGAGAAGGUCGUAGGCGCAUUUCCCCCUUCUUCCGGGCGAUUGUUUCUGCAGCAUUCACGUACACGGGAAGCCUCUUCUCAAACGAAGGUACCCAAUCUACUCCUUGGCAGCAAAAGAAUGCCCGCCCGUGGCAAGAAAAGAGGGCGGCCAGCUUUGACGGCUACCAAGCAGCCCAAAUUGGCUAAAACUGAGAUCCAGAAGACGGAGGGAUCCAAACGGCCCAGUUCUGGGUUGAGAAGGACUGGGACAAGCUCGAAAGAAGAUGCUGGGAUUGAGGACAAAAGCAAGACAGGUUAUACUCACUGGCUUAUGAAAUCUGAGCCGGAGAGCAGGUUUCAAAAGGGAAUCGACGUGAAGUUUGGCAUUGAAGACUUGAAAGCUCAGCCUAACGAAACGGCUUGCUGGGAUGGAGUCAGGAAUUAUCAGGCACGGAAUUUCCUGCGGGAGAUGAAAGUUGGAGAGGAAGCUUUUUUCUACCACAGCAAUUGCAAGGAACCUGGGAUUGCAGGUAUCAUCAAGGUUGUUAAAGAGGCUUACCCUGAUCACACCCAGUUUGAAAAGAGUAAUCCACAUUACGAUGCUUCCAGCACAAAGGAAGAUCCCAAAUGGUCCAUGGUCGAUGUCCAGUUUGUGCGAAUGACUCGACGGUUCAUCCCUCUGGCUGAGCUCAAAGCCCAUCGUCAAGCCCACCAGAGGUCCGGAGGCCCCCUGAAAGAGAUGGCUCUCUUCACGAGACCGAGGCUGUCCGUCCAGCCUGUCACGGAUGAGGAAUUUGAAUUCAUUUUGAGCCUUGAGAAAGGGACGAGAAAGACUCACGAGAACUGAUUUUAAAACCAUUUCCUUUCAAAGCCAACCGACAGCAAAGCGCACGAGAGUUUACCGUUCAAGUUGUUCUAGUUCCUGUUUGAUUGUGGUGCAACCUUUUCUAAAUAAAUCUGUUUUUUUUUUUUA